AAAUAAGUGUUGCUAGAAAUAAUAAGAUAGCGGCGGGCGGUCUAUAUGUUGGUGGGGUCCAUUUUUGAAUUAAAGUACUCCAAUGAGGAUUUAAAAGAGUGAGAAGAUAUGGUAUGGUCGUAGCGAAAGGUUGAAAGCCGAUAAGCACGUCUAUGUCAUUGUUAAAUCAUCAUCGCUGGUAGUGAUGGAUACAGCCAGAGAGUUUCUCGAGAAUAUCGCCGCCGCCGAAGAAGCUGAUCGAGUAUCGCGGCUACGCUUCCCGCCGCAUAAACCCCAUGCAGAACCCAGCUUCUACGAGUAUUCCAUCCUACGAGGCGUCCGUGUCAACUCGCUCCGAUCGGAUUCAACACUCUCCUGCUCUUUCACUGUGCCCCCUCGUCUCACAGAUAGAAAUGGGAAGUUGGCUGCGGGGGCGAUUGCCUCUUUGGUUGAUGAAAUCGGGGCUGCGGCGAUCCAUGAGGGUGGUAAACCGAUGGAUGUUUCAGUAGACAUGUCCAUCGCCUAUAUUUCUGAAGCUAAGAUGAAUGACGAAUUGGAGAUUACCUCACGGUGUUUAGGUGAGCGAGGUAGCUACCAUGGAACAGAGGUGCUCAUACGUAACAGAACAACCGGUGAUGUUGUUGCUCAAGGGCGGCAUUCCUUAUUUAGUUUACCUCCCUCUGCCAGCAAACUGUGACACUACAAGAGCACUGUUGCUGUUGAACUGAAUUAGGGUGGAAAUGUGCAAAAUAGAUGUUAACUCAACUUUGUUUCACCACCAUGAAUACCAGACAUAUAUGUCUGACAAAACAACCCUUGAAGAUCACCAUUGAAUUCUUGAACUGUAUUAUGUCUUGCAUUUGAUAUAGAGGGUGUUUGACUAAGCUUAUUUUAAAGAGCUUAUAAGCUCUUGGAACUUAUUAGUAUUAGUUUUUUAAGAUCUUAUAAGUUAUCAAAGUGUUAUUA